AGCUUUUCUCUCAUGAAUGUGAUAAAGAGCAACACACGCAGUUCACUGACCAGUGAAAGACUGCAACACUGCCUUCGAAUCGCUGUAACGUCGUAUGAGCCUAACUUCAUGCAUGUGGCCCAGGGAAAUAAAUGCAAUUUAUCCCAUUAAACCGAGUUGGAAUAAGAAAGAAGGACAGUCACAACUCAACAGCUUUUCAGAAAAAUUCAAUCUGCCACCAGAGAUCCAUGUGGACUUAAAGGACUCUUCAGGAAUUGAAGAUGAUGCAGACAUCUUUGAUGAGCUUAUGACGUCAAGUGAAGUAUCCUUCAAAGUCUUCACUGGAGAACAAUCUGAUCUAUCUGAGGCCUCGUUCUGCUCAGUGGGGUCUGAUUCAUCAUCAGGUUCAACUGUGAUUCUUGAAGAAAUCAAAGCAAGGAGAAGAAAUCGGACUGAUAGUCCCGUAGACAGUAAUGCAGCAGGAGAUAUGAUCAGUGCCAUCCUUGACUCGAAGGCAGGUGGUGAAAAGAUAUUCCUUGAGUUUGCCAAAACCAAUAGUCUCUCUGAUAGCACCCGUAGGCUAUUAGUGAACAUGCUUGUGGCAGAUAUGAUUGAGAAGCAUGGGAGGGUCCCCCCAUCAAGUGUGCGCACCAAGCAUGCCCUGGGAAUCGUGACUUUAUUACCCUAUUUGAAGGAUCCAGAUUCAAGUAAUGGAUAUGAACACUACUGCGAUGCCGAAAGUGGAUCGGGUUACCUGGCCUGGAGGAUUAAGACUGUCCAACGCAACACAUCACAUGGGACCAAGAAGAGAUCCAUGUCCACAUACCAAGAUGGUCCAAAGGCUAAGCGGGCUUCACAUUCAACUGUUGAGCAACUGACAGGCGACGAAUGCAGAGAGGCGAUAUAUGUGCUUCAGCAUUCAACUGACGAGUCACUGGUCAAGGAGAAGAUGAGGGCAACAUUCAAACACAGACAGAACAUUGUGCAGGAUCCAGAGAAGUCCUCAACCAUCUUGGGCGUCUUCCCCCGAUUCCUUGACAUACCAGGCUUGAUCGACCAAGACUUCACAAUGCUGUUUGGAGAGGAUGCAUCUGGCAAGUUCCUGGCGAAAUGGCCAACUUUGUUCAGACCCAGGGUCAUCACAGACUGCAAGAACCUACCCCCCAGUGCCCAUUUGGAAGCCCUCCUCUCUUCUGUGCAGCAUGACUCUGAUGAUUUGGACUAGGAUGGGACAGUGACUUGGCAGACAUUCUGUUGCUGCUGCAUCUGCUACCCCCGACCUCAAAAGGCAAGAGGGCUGCAAAGAUCGCUGUCUCUCAAGCUGCUGACCAUCUGGUGAAAUAUAUGAAGGUGGGGACGAGCAUGGUGACCUUCCUUGCACAAGUUGGACAUGAACAGCCCUUCCUCCUCUGUGUUGGCGAACAAAAGAACAUCAUCCAGAUAUUCUACAUCGUCGUUGACCAGAAGGCCAUUCCAGUUUAUACUCUGAUGUUUCCAGAACUAGUUGGGUGAAGAACUAUGGAAGCGAGUAUCACAUUGGUAUGUUUGUUUGCUCAGGUACAGAAAGUGAAAUGCCUGUAUUCAAGAAGAUCAUUAAUGUGAUUGGAAAAGAUGACCAAGCUUUUCUUUUGACCUCGAAUGUUGCUACGUUGUGUUUUGAUGAUCACUUAAAUGCAUUCAGCAUUGAAGAAAUAAGUGAUGCAUUUACUGUGAUAUGUGUAGAAGACCUGGUUUACCAUAGACCUUAUGACAGGCAGUUUUCGUAUGACACGGAUGAUGAGAGAACAUACAUUGUCCCAUACUGUCACAUUGUAUGACUUGCAUUUUGUUUUUGAUGUGUGUUGUCACGGGUGACCCCGAACCAGUUAUUAUGUGUAGUAAGAAAUUGGAUUCCUUUGCAUGGAGAAUUUCAGUGGCUAGAGUUCACGGCUCCUCGAUUGAUUCAGAUUCAGUUGUAUUAAGUCUGCCCACUAAUAAUGUAGAGCAAAAUAGGUAUUGUGGUGUUUG